UGUAGUACUACACGCACUAACACGUGUACAGAAGCUCUGUCCACGUAGCUUUGUCUGUGCUGCCCCAGAAAGUUUCGAACGAGUGCAGCGGUGGACUUUUUGUGUGGACACCUGUUCGUACGAAGGCUGCGCCAUGCUCCGGCAUCUCCUCCAAGCACUCGUACUGUUGCAACUUGCGUCCACUCUCCUCGCCACCAAAGACGCAGAGCCACCACGCAUUGUCAUCUCUCCGCGGGACCAGACGGUGGUGACCGGUGGGACGGCAGUGUUCACCUGCAUAUCCGAUGGCAACCCGCAGCCGCAGAUCGAAUGGCGCAAGAGUGGCAAACGCCUCUUUUCCUGGCGCUACACGGUGACCGAGAUGACUGGAGGGUCAGUGCUUCGCAUUGACCCCGUCCGUAGCGGCAAAGAAGACGCCACCUACGAGUGCCUCGCCGAAAACGGGGUCGGUGAUCCUGCCAGGGCUCAGUUCAAGCUCACUGUGCUUGAUGAAUACACGAUUCCACAGGGCUUCCCACGCUUCGAGGUAGUGCCCAAACCUCAAGGUGUGGAGCUUAACCGCAGUGUGCUACUUCCCUGCGAAGCCCAGGGAGAGCCCGAACCCAAGAUAUCCUGGCUCCGAAACGUCAUCCCCAUCAACAUGACCAAUCCACGAUACUCACUUGCGGCUUCAGGUUCGCUGGAGAUCUCCGACGCCCAGGAAGAGGAUCAAGGCAACUACGAAUGCAUAGCGGAGAAUACUGUGGGCACUGCCAUCUCGACCACGGCAACCCUCUUCGUGCGUGUGCGUCGGGUGCCGCCGUACUUCGCGAUUCCGCCGGAGAGGACCUUCGAAGUGUCUCCGGGGGCCGCGCUUAACCUGACAUGCGUGGCUGUGGGAGCGCCCAUGCCUCUCGUGCGUUGGCGCAAAGGUCGCGUGGACCUAACCGCCUACGGCGAGCCAACGUUGGGGCGCAACGACCUGAUGCUGGAAGACAUUCGCGAGUCGGCCAAUUACAGCUGCGUGGCAAGCUCCCCGCUCGGCAGCAUCGAACGUGUCUCGCAAGUUCUCGUCCGAGAGGGGGAGAACCAGAGCUUGACCUACUCACGAGUAGGCGACACUCGGGCGGACUUCGACAACCGUACAGACGGGAAUUCCUCCGCACCGGUACGUUCAGGCAGCGCAGCAUCGAGCGCAGAUACACGGGCUUCAUUGGCACGACCUGCAAGCGUAGCUGAUCUCAUGACCGCCGAGGGCGAAACCACGCUUACCGAAGCAGCUGGGCUCGCGGGCACACUGUCCUCACCCCAAAAAAGCGUUGCAGAAGAGGCACGUGUACGCAUCGCGCUGUUGCAAGAAGAGCACGCGCUACGCAUGAGGCUUAUCCAAAAAGACCACGACGACGUAUUGAAGAAACGGGACGCAGAGCACAAGCUCAAGAUGGAAGUCUUGAGACUGCAAAAGGAAGUUCAAGAUUUCGUGUUGAAGAGGCUGCAGCAAGGCGAGUGAAAGGUGUUGCUUCAGUUCCUUCAAGUAUUCCUUCAACAACUCUGUGCGUUGUGCGUCGCAUUUGGUACAAUGGCAUGACAUGUACUAUAGGCAUCAAAUACUACUACUAAUACACGGAUAAUACACGGAUAAACGAUGAAGUGGAAGGAACAUAUACAAUCGUUGUUCCACACGAACAUACAAAAUGUGUCUCAAAAAGAUUGGUACCCAUAUGCACAUGUUUGGACAAAGCGUUCAGCGAUUCAGAAUACCAUGUACUCUAUUAUGGCAGUUAUAAAAAGUGAUUGACGAGAG